AUAUCUCAAACAUCAAGAAAACCAAGUUUUAUAAGUCAUCAUCCAUCGGAUGAAAGUGAAGAUAAAUCAAUUGAUUUAAAUGGAAAGGAUAUUGAUUAUUCUGUUUUAUAUAAUGAGACAGUGGAAGAUUUUAGUUUUACAAGUACACGUAAACAAGCUUAA